CUUGACACAUGACAAUUGACAUUUGUAUUUGUAUAUAUUUAAGCGGCUGUCGAAUUUUUAAAUUCGCUGUUGUUUAGUAAUUUUUUAUUUAAAACAUAAUAUAAGUGUAACUUUCUUAAAAUCUCUUGAAAUACGUUCAUACUCUUGCUAUAAGGAGAAUUAACUGCUAUUCAACAAUGGCUCGUUACAGUAAUGAGAACAAGGAAGAAAAUAUUGAUCCGGCGUCCAUUUCAUCAAAUGUUAAGAAUAAUAUAAAACAAGAAAUCAUUAAAGAGCUUCUUCACGGAUCAUUCCAAGACAAUAAAACAAAACUCGGCAACGAUGCGCUAACACUUGUAGUUGAAGUGGCGAAGUGUCUCGUUACGGAAACUUGCUUGAGGGCUUCCAGCCAGGCACUUAAGGAGAGCUGCGACAGAGUUGACAUUGAACACGUUGAAAAGUGUCUACCACAAUUGAUGUUAGAUUUUCCAUGAGCUUUUUCUUCACAUCUUGACCCGUAGUGUUUAUUUGAAGAUCGGAAUGCUCUACACCUGACUGUGUGCUAGUGUAAGAUGUAAUUUUGUACCUGUCUUAUUUUUUAAAA